UUUACAUCAUAUUUUUGUUCAUUUCGUUUUAAUUUCACUCUUGAGUUUUAGAUUAUUAUUAUUUUACUCCACCAUGUUAAACAUUGGUCUUUAUUUGUGUUGGAAUCAUUAAAUGUGUUUUCUGAGACGUUUGAUGCGCAUUAGUUGCGUCAUAGAGGCAGCAGCAGCAGCUCGGAGUUCCUGGGAAGUUUGUCCGUGAAUUGAGGAGUUUGGCCCCCGUGGAGGAGCUCCGGGCUCCGGGCUCCGGCUCCCCCUCCCCCCCCGCUGCGGUAAAAUCUCCUGAGUGGCUGCGGUUCGUCCCGCUCCGCCCCCCGCCGCUCUGCCUCCCCCUCAGUGCGCAGCCGGAGCGCAGAGAGGAGAAUCCCUCAGAGGAUCAGCUGGAGGCCCCCCGCCGCCCGGUCCAGGUGAAGCAUGGAGGUGUUCCGGAGCCGGCUGCUGGGGAUCUCCGUGGCCGUGGCGCACGGCGUGUUCUCCGGGUCGCUCAACAUCCUGCUCAAGUUCCUCAUCAGCAACUACCAGUUCGGCUUCCUGACGCUCAUCCAGUUCCUCACCAGCUUCACGGCCAUGCUGGCGCUGGAGAGCCUGCGGCGGCUCGGCAGGAUCCAGGUGCCGCCGUUCGGCAUGCAGCUGGCCAAGGAGUUUGCGCCAGUCUGCAUCCUGUCCACGCUGCAGUCCACGCUGACGCUGUGGUCGCUGCGCGGCCUCAGUCUGCCCAUGUACGUGGUGUUCAAGCGCUGCCUGCCGCUCUUCACGCUCUGCAUCGGGGUGUGCGUCCUCCGCAACGCGCUGCCGUCUGUGGGCGUGGUGACCGCCGUGCUCAUCACCACAGGGGGCGCUGUUCUGGCAGGAGCCGGAGACCUGACUGGAGAUCCGUUUGGUUACGUCACCGGGGUUCUGGCUGUAAUCGUUCAUGCCUCCUACCUGGUUCUGAUCCAGAAAACCAGUCUGGAGAGCCAGUAUGGACCUCUGACUGCACAGUACGCCAUCACCAUCAUGGCGUCGCCGGUUCUGCUCAUCUGCUCCAUCAUCUCCAUGGACGCCCUCAACAUGUGGUCCUACGAGGGCUGGAAGGAACCCCAGAUCACGGCCAUCUUCAUCCUGUGCAUCUUCAUCGGCUGCGCCAUGAACUUCACCACCCUGCACUGCACCUACAUCAACUCGGCCGUCACCACCAGCUUCGUCGGCGUGGUCAAGAGCAUCGCCACCAUCACGGUCGGCAUGCUGGCCUUCAAGGACGUGGCGCCCACGCGGCUCUUCAUCGGCGGAGUGGUGGUGAACACCAUCGGCUCCAUCACCUACUGCGUGGUCAAAUACUUUGAGACGCAGAAGAAGAGUUUGUACGAGGACCUGGAGAAGGACGCGGCGCAGCCUGGAGACCCCUACACCGAGAAACCCCCGCUGAACGGGGAAGAGGCCGCCGCCGGUCCCGGUCCCGGUCCCGGUCCCGAGCCGGAGCCGUUGGAGGGCGGAGACGGGAAAGAGGACGAGGCGCCUCAGUUAUCGAACGGAGCGCUGCCGGUGGGGGGCACCGCCGAGGGAGACGGUGGCCUGAAAUCUGUUGUGAUGACGGAGAAAGAGGCGCUGGAGAUGCAGAGGGAGCACCUCCACCAGGAGAGCGCCGCCUCCGGCCGGUCCGCCACCCAGAACCUGGUAGGAGCAUUGAGGUCCGUCAGGAGUCUGCAGCUCACCAAGAAGGAAAACCUGAUCGAUAACAUGGAGCUUCAGAGUCCAUGAGGGGGGAUGGAGACCCAGACGGACUCUUGAGCUGAAACAGAAAGGAACUCAGCGGACAGAGACCGGACGGAGACGGACAGACCGGACCGGACGGAGACGGACAGACCGGACCGGACGGAGACGGACAGACAGGAGGACGUCUUUCAUUUGCAUCGGCCCGCUUGGCAAAUGCUUGAUGGUCUUGUUGGCUUCCUUAUCUCUCUGCUGAAGAUUCACGGCCCAGAACUCCGGAACCAGGAGGCGGACUGACCGCGUCUCCAUGGUAACGAGCAGUUCCAGUUUGAGCCAGCAGGGGGCGGCGCAGAGCACGGCUAGCAUGACGCGGUCCGGUCAGAACCCGGCUGGACCGAACCCUGCAGGUCCGGUUUGCGCUUCAUUUGCUCCCAUUUCAUCACCAAAGCCAAAAUAAUCGAAAUGAACGAGUCGGUUCUGUUCCGUGUUCUUCGGGUCAUCCGGGUCAUCAGAGGUUUGUCUGUUUACCUAAAAGAGCCAAACGAAGUAAUUUAACUAAGAAUUUAGUUUCUAUGACGUUUUUACUUCUUCACCUCAGCAGGUGGAUUUUUAUUUCAGGUUUUAUUAAACUGCUGUUUUUCUUUCUGGUUUGGUUCUGAACUUAUGAGUCUCAAAAUGCCAAAAAUGUUUAUUAUUAUUAUUAUUAUUAUUAUUAUUAUUAUUUUCAGUGUUUUCACAGCUGAGAAGGGAAAAACUCAGAGUCACAACGGUUUGAUUCCACUGUGGCCUUUUUAUUUACUGUAAUCUGUUUCUAAAACCUCAGUAAUAAAACAACGUUUGGUUGUUUUUGUCGUGACAGAAUAAAGGGACUCCAUCAUGUCAGCUGUUUAGAAAUGUCUGCUGUGUGUAUCAUUCACUGAGUUCAUAUUAAAUGGCUGCCAGACUGA